ACGGCUUUGAUCUUCUGUCCUUAUAUUAGACUUGCCAAAACUUAAAGAGAUUUGUCACACGCGCACGUGAAGGAAUUGGAUGGUACUUUUGCUCGGUUAUGAUCUGAAGGUGGCGAAUCCAAGCGGAAAGGGCAGCAAGGAGGACGGCGUCGAGGCGGAGGAGGAGGAGGACAGAGACUUCCAUGCAUGGCUCAACUACCGGCUGCCGUCUCCGCCUCUUGAGCCCUCUCUUGCUUCCGGACCUUCAGCUUCAUCGGCGUUCAGCAGACAGCGAGAAAUGUCCGCAAUGGUUUCCGCUCUGCGCCGCGUCGUUUCUGGAACAGUAUUGCCAGGCGAUGAUCAGCAGCAGCAGUUGGAUUUGGGGGAAGGGUAUUGCGGCGGCGGCGGUUCGGCAUCGUUGCUCGGUCGGUCCAGCUCUUUGGAUUCCGUCGGUGCUGGACAGAAGAGAGGAAGGGAAGAUUCGACCUCGUCGUCUGAGUUCUUGGUAUCUGAGCUUCCGCGAGUUCGUGGCGAUCAUGCGCAGGCAGGCUCGUCGUCAUCAUCAGGUGCCAGAGAAGGUCACGCAGGCUCAACAACUGUUCAGACAGCAAAAGCAGAUCAACCAACACAUGGUGCUCCUCCAACGUAUGAAUACACCUACGAGGCCCCGACACCGGCGGCAGUGACAUUGAACCCGACUCCAAGGAGGAAAUACAGAGGAGUGAGACAGCGCCCGUGGGGGAAGUGGGCGGCCGAGAUACGAGAUCCAUUCAAGGCCUCAAGGGUGUGGCUCGGCACAUUCGACACGGCCGAGGCGGCCGCUCGGGCCUAUGACGAGGCCGCCCUCCGGUUCAGAGCCAACAAAGCCAAGCUUAACUUCCCCGAGAACGUCCGACUCCGGCAACAACCGGCUCCUGCAGCCUCUGCGGCCAAUCCCCCAGAAACCCACUUCGCCGUUUCCCAUGAGUUGCCGGCUUCUGGCAAUCCCAACCCAGUUGGCUGCGACGGGCAGACUUCUUCGCAGUGGUAUCUUGAAAAUAAUUUCCACGAUGUCCAUCAAGAGCGAGCUGAGAGACGACCCAUGAGUUUGUAUGAGCAGAUGUUGUGGUCCAACUCGUUGCUGGGGAUGCAGCUUCCGCCAUCUUUCUCGCUCUCUCCUCCUCCUCCUCCUCCUCUUCCAUCAUCAUCAUCAUCAUCAUCAUCAUCAUCAUCAAGUUCAGUGCUCGCGCCAGCUCCGAGCUCUUCUCUUUUCACGUCUUCUCGGCUGAUCGCGACGGACUCCCAAGAGGGUCGGACAGGUGGCGGAGCGGCUGUUUUUCAUCUGCCUCCAUGGUCAGAUUCUAGCCAUCGCAGUUCUUCUCCUGGAUAGGAUUCUUCAUCGUCUUUUCUUCUGUCUUUUUUGAAUUUACAGUUUGUAUUUAGUAUC